GUCCUAAAGCUUGGUCAGCUCAAAGGGAGUGGUUCUAUAAUUCCAAAGACAGUCUCAUCUGCCCUGCCCUACCCGACUGGGUCCUUGCACCGUACCCCACCGCAGCCACUGAGGAGGAGGAGGAGGAGGACAUCCCAGUGCCAGAACAAGCCAGACAAAGUUCAGGUGUUUCUAAGACCUCAAGUGAGGUAGGCCUAGAGCCUGACAGACCUAAGGUCCUAGGGGGUCUCUGAAAGUGCCCAGUUUCUAUUCAGCACCCAGUGAUGACCCGCCCAAGACUGGCCCGGGGCCUGGUGUUCUUCCUGCUUGCUGGCACAGGUCUCUGGGUCCUGUGGAAGUAUAUCAAGGACUGGCUGCUGGUCUCCUACAUACCCUAUUACCUCCCCUGCCCAGAGUUCUUCAAUAUGAAGCUGCCCUUCAGGAAGGAGAAACUGUUCCAGCCUGUGACACAGUUACAGUACCCUCAGCCUAAGCUGCUGGAACACGGACCCACAGAGCUGCUGACACUUACCCCGUGGUUGGCACCCAUCAUCUCCGAGGGAACCUUUGACCCGGAGCUUCUGAAGAAUAUGUACCAGCCGUUGAACCUGACCAUUGGAGUCACCGUGUUUGCCGUGGGGAAGUACACCUGCUUCAUUCAGCCCUUCCUGGAGACAGCUGAAGAGUUCUUUAUGCGUGGGUACCAAGUACACUAUUACCUCUUUACCAGUGAUCCUGCAGCCGUUCCCAGAGUUCCCCUGGGCCCCGGUCGGCUCCUCACUGUCAUCCCUAUCCAGGGUUAUUCCCGGUGGGAGGAGAUCUCCAUGCGCCGAAUGGAGACCAUCAACAAACACAUUGCCAAGAGAGCCCACAAAGAAGUGGAUUACCUCUUCUGUGUCGAUGUGGAUAUGGUCUUCCGUAACCCAUGGGGCCCCGAGACCUUGGGGGAUCUAGUGGCUGCCAUUCACCCGGGCUAUUUUGCUGUACCUCGCCGGGAAUUCCCUUAUGAACGCAGGCAAGUUUCCUCUGCCUUUGUGGCAGACAAUGAGGGGGACUUCUAUUAUGGUGGGGCACUCUUUGGGGGACGAGUGGCCAAAGUGUAUGAGUUUACCCGGGCCUGCCACAUGGCCAUUCUGGCAGACAAAGCUAACAGCAUUAUGGCAGCCUGGCAGGAGGAGAGCCACCUGAACCGCCACUUCAUCUGGCACAAACCAUCUAAAGUGCUGUCCCCAGAGUACCUCUGGGAUGAAAGGAAGCCUCAGCCCCGAAGCCUGAAGAUGAUUCGAUUCUCCUCAGUAAAAAAGAAUGCCAACCGGCUGAGGAACUAACAGCCAAGCUAAGACCCGCCCCAUGCCAAGCCCAGCUUAACCCUCGAAUAUCUCAGUAUACCAGGGGAGUCUAACCAGGAAAAUGGAUGUAGAGACAGUGUAAACUAUGAGAUGUUGUGUACCCACAGUCAUAUAGCAAUCCAGCACAUGAUUGGUUGGACAAGAGGGAGGCAUCAAAAUAGACGGCCUUUCAGGCCUCCCACGCCUACCCAACAGGAUGGAUGGAUGUGCCUUCUUGAGGCAAGCUGGGGAAUCCAGCUCUGCUCGGAGUGCCUGGGGGAUGCUGCCCUCGAUUGUUAGUUAAAUAUUGAUGUUUAGUUUUGUUUUAAUCUGCGACGGUGGAGAUCCAACCUGGGGGCUUGCACACUGAAGGGAAACACUUUGCCCCUGAGCUGCCUUCAGCCCUGCCUGCUACCUUGAAGCUGCACAUUAAUGCCCUCAUCCCAGCAAUGCUGUCCCCCUAGCCAUGGGCAGCUGUGGAUACUCAGGAUUCCUGAGCUAGGUCUGAAACAAACCAGGCUUAGCUUUCCUCUGGUCACCUGCAUCCCAUGGUGAGCCACACUCUCAGGUCCUAGAUGUCUACUUUGUUACACGGUUUGAGGUAGCUUUCAAUAAAGAUGGUGUAUACUA